AACACAUAAAAAAUAAAUGAUGUCAAAUUAUUAUAGUAAAUAUAAUUAAUGAAGUAGAUGGGAAGAGUGAAAAGGUUGUAAUAAAACACUUAAAAAUAGGUUAUAUAUGUUUUGUACUUUGUAAUGAAUGAUGUUGAAUUAAUUAGAAAAGACAAUAGAUGAAGUAGCUAGAAUUAGUUAAAAAAAAUGAAUGAAAAUCUGUAAGAAACCACUUAAAAAUAGACAAGUAUUAUUUUGUACUUCAGUUUUAAUAGAAUAGAUAAAUUAUCAAAAAAAAUUAUUUGACUUUCAUAUCUUUCAUGAAUAUCUAAUAAUUCAAAUAUUCUAAUAUCCCCAGUAAUAAAUAAUUAUUUCUUUACGUUGCUCGGGAAUUUUCAUGAUUACCAUUUUCUUGAGACCAUUAUUCAUGUUUACGACCACUAAUGAGACAUUUUAAAAAAUAACUUCUUCAUUAAGUGGCAAAAGAUUCGUAUACUCAUGUUCUCUAUACAUACAAUAAAUAAUAAUUUAAAUAAAUAAAUAAAAGUACAAAAAAAUAAAUAAAAAAUUAUUUUUUUGAAUUAUACUUUUUAAAUUCCAACUUUUUUAUAAUUUUGUUUUUGAAUUUUUUUCAAAAUUUUAUUUUGAAACUAUUUUAAAAAUAUUUUAUAUUUUUAAGUACUUAUUUAUAUAUUUAUUAGAAUCCUAAAUUUCACAUUCCAAAAAAACAAUCUCAUUCCUGAAAUCUAAAACCUAAGUCUAAAUUAGUUAACCUUAUGGUUAUAAAUGUCUUUUACCCUUCAUUAAAAGUGAAAGUAAAUCAUAAUCCCUACCUUUAUCUCUAUCUCUAGUAUAAUUCCGACAUUUGGAGAACCUAUAGAUAGAUAUAUGACAUCAUAUAUCCUCUUAAAAUUAUUUAUUUUCCUGCUUUUUCUUUCUCCUCUAAAUAAAAUUUCUUUCCUUAUGUUGUUUAUUCAUAAAGCCAUUCAGGUUAAUCUGAAUUGAAAGGACAUGAUUUUAUAGAAGCUCUAGUCUCAAGAGCUUUUAUAAUGGAGGCGUCAAAGAGAUCAAGCUAAUUAGGCCAAUAUGAUUAAUAUUAAGGUUUAUGGUUCACCCUAAAGGUUUUGGGUUCGUGGUUUACCCCCUAUGAUUUAGGAUUUAGGAUUUUGCUGAUGACAUUUAGGGUUUAGAGUUUUGCGGCGGCAUUAACAAUAUCAAAAUGUGUUUUUUCGACAAUUAAUUUUCUGAUUAUUUUUUAUUUUCAUAAACAUAAUAUGAAUUAUGACUUAACAAAUUUUUAUUGGUUAUCGUUUUAGUGGUAAACGUACAAGCUCAUAAGAAAAACUCAUUAAAAUUUAUCGGUUCGGGUUCGUUUGGAUCUUGUCGGGUUUAGUUGUCUAGAAACUGUUAAUACCCGCUAUUUCCUGGUUCCUAAUUCUUUCGGAUCGGUUCGGUAUUUAGAAUCCAAAAAAGAUUGGAAAAUCCAAAACAUACGCUCAACCCGAAAAAAUACGUGAAAACAAAAAACACCUGUAAAUUUUUCAAAUACCCGAAAUUUUAUCUAAAAUCGGACCCGAAGUCACAAAAAAUACCAAAAUGUUAUCUGAUUAUUCAAAUUAUAUUUAUGAAAAUCUAAAAUUUUAUCCGAAAUUACACCUGAAAAAUAGAACCCAAAACUUAAUAUAAUAUAGAUAAUACCAAAAAUAUACUAAAACACCCAACUCCAGAAUCAAUAUGUAUAGAGUUUUUCUUAGGUUUCACCGCUAUAGUGAAUCUUUACGUUUACCACUACCAUAAUAACCAAUAAAAUUUUGCCCAGACAUUUUAUGUUUUUGAAAUAAAAAGGUAAAAAAAAUAAAAGAAAAUUGUAGUAAUUACCAAGAAAAAACAUUUUUUUUAACGUUGUUAACUUCAUCAGCAUAACUUUACACCCUAAAUAGUAAACAUUAAACCUAAACGCCAUCAGCCUUGGGUUUAGGGUUUACCCAAUGGUUUAGAGUUUAUCCAAGGGUUUAGGAUUUACCCAAUGGUUUAAGAUUUAUCCGAAGAUUUAAGGUUUUGUAUUUAGAAUUUAAGAUUUAGGUUUUCGGAUUUUUGUGACAGCGUUAACAACAUAAAAGUUUAGUAUUUUUGGCAAUUACUAUUUUUUUUUUAUUGUUCAUUUUUUAUUUCUUAAAAUAAUAUGACUUGGCAAUUUUGUAUGAUUAUUAUGGCAGUGGUAAGUAAACCUAAGAAAAAGUCAAACGUAUAAAUAUGAUCGCAAUUUUAUCUACAGUAAAACUACUUCCAUAUGUGUGCGCCUCUUUGAGAUUUUGAAUCUGACCUACAGGUGAGAAUAUUGGUAAAAAUAAAAUGUUGCUUUCGACUGAUACAUAUGUCUUACCUUAUUAUAUGCCUAAGCCUAAUAUAGCAUAACUCAGGCAAUACAUGCCUAUCUUCUCUACACGGACACGGGACAUCACUAGGGGACUAAGGGGUAACUUCGGUUUGGUGCCUCUAUCCAAGUACCUAAUUAACUAAUUUUUUGCAUGACUUCCUCACUAUCUUUUGAUUCAUGGUUUUCUAGCUAAAUAGGCCUUUUAGUUAUCAUAUAACUACAUUUAUCUUAGCAGUACGAGUUGCAAAACAGAUGAAAUUUAUAAUAACUAUCUUAGCAGUUUCUUAUCAUUUACACCAAAAAAAAGAAGAUAAAUUUAUGUUAUUGAAUCAUAGUAAGGUUGAAAUUUAAACUAUUUUAUAAUAACUAUCUUAGCAGCACGGGUUGCAAAACAGAUAAAAGUGAAUUUAAACUCAUGCAAAACAGAUAAAUUUUUUAAUAACUAUUUAUUAAAGAUAAAAAUUAUAGUUUAUUUAUAAUUUAUGUUAUUGAAUCAUAGUAAGGUUGAAAUCCAUAUAACUUAAAUAUAUUAGCAGUUUUUUAUUGCAUACUAUUAUUCAAACAAGCUAAAACACUUAAUAUAUUUGACAUUCUAAAUAAUCUUAGGUUUCUAAUCACAAAUUUAAAAUAAAAGCAAAUAAUUUACAUUUGUAACAAAAAUAGCAACUAAAACUUCAGAUAAUUUAUUUUCAUCUAAUUUUUAGAUAUAUAAAUUCAAAAAUAUACAUGUAGCAUUCAUUAGAAUUCUCAUCAAAUUCUAAAAAAUUUGUCUACUUAAAAUUAACAAAUCAAUUAUGUAAACAUAUUUAAACCUAAAUGAAGUUUCAAAUAUUAAAAAUGCAUAAUUAUGUACAAAAGUUAAAUUUCAUUAACAAACAAAAAUAAUUUCGUGUUUUAAAAAUGUAGAUAGAAGUCCACUAAGAUGUUAUAUUUUGUAUCUAAUUGUCAUUUAUUAGACCUAAAACGCCAAGGGGAGUAGAGAUGUAUAAACCAAAGAUAGCGAAACUAGUUUUUUUUUUUUUUGAAAAGGGUUAGCGAAACUAGUUGCAGCCCGUAUUUAAAACUAAAACAAUGACAAGUUAAAUUAGGCUGAUUUAAAAAAAAGAAGUAAAAUUAGGCCAUCAAGUACUCCACGGAAUCAAUUGUUUUGAAUCAUAUAAUGUACAACUUGGAUGAAUAGAAUUUCCACCUAUAUAAAUAUAUAACGUUGAAUAUGUUUUCCAUCUCAUCACAAAACAAUCUUCCUCACUAUCAUCUCUUCAAAUCCGUUAAAAACUAUCUUUCUCUACUACUCCAUUGUAAUGGCUUUGUCACUUCUGACAUACUCCAUUAAAAUCCCCACCACCGCUUCCACGGUAGUUGUCCGGCCAGUGUUACCUAUUCGAUCUUCCCUUCCCUCUCUCCGCCUAACUUUUCCGCAUAGAACACCAACCUCGUUCAUCUCAUGUUGCUCCUCUGUGUCUGAAAAGGCGGCAACUAGUGGUAUUGACCUCAAACCCGACGUGGAACGGUGGCCAAAGUACAUACCCAACAAGCUCCCCGACAAAAAUUAUGUGAGAGUACUCGACACGACGCUGCGUGAUGGCGAACAAUCUCCAGGUGGAGCCCUUACUCCAGCGCAGAAGCUAGAGAUUGCUCGGAAACUCGCUAAACUCCGAGUAGACGUCAUGGAUGUUGGUUUUCCUGCAUCGUCUGAGGAAGAGUUAGAAGCCGUUAAAACAAUCGCCAAGACCGUUGGGAACGAGGUGGACGAGGAAACAAGAUACGUCCCGGUAAUAUGCGUCAUCUCACGAUGCAAACAUAAAGACAUCGAGGCCGCUUGGGAGGCGUUGAAGUACGCGAAGAAGCCGAGGAUAUACAUAUUCAUAUGUACUAGUGAGAUUCACAUGAAAUAUAAAUUGAAAAAGACUAAAGAAGAAGUGAUCGAGAUGGCCAAAAGUAGUAUUAGGUUCGCUAAAAAAUUAGGCUUUACUGACAUCCAAUUUGGUUGCGAAGAUGGCGGCAGAUCGGAGAAGGAUUUUCUUUGUAAGAUUAUGGGAGAAGCGAUAAAAGAGGGCGUAAAGACGGUGACCCUCGCGGACACGGUAGGGAUAAACAUCCCGCAAGAAUUCGGAGAGAUGGUUACUUAUCUCAAAGCAAACACUCCAGGAAUUGAUGAUGUUGUCGUCAGCCUUCAUUGUCACAACGACCUUGGUCUUGCUACCGCUAACACCAUCGCCGGUGUGCGUGCGGGGGCAAGACAAGUCGAAGUAACGGUCAACGGAAUAGGUGAAAGAAGUGGGAAUGCGUCGCUUGAAGAGAUUGUAAUGGCUUUGAAAUGUCGUGGAGCAUAUGUGAUGGACGGUGUUUACACAACAAUAGACACAAGCCAUAUUAUGGCUGCUAGUAGGAUGGUUCAAGAGUAUACUGGCUUGCAUGUUCAACCACAUAAGCCCAUAGUUGGCAACAACUGUUUUCUUCACGAGAGUGGCAUUCACCAGGAUGGAAUGUUGAAAUAUGGAAGUACGUAUGAAAUCUUCUCACCAGAAGACAUUGGGGUCGAAAGAUCUGAAAGUUCCGGCAUUGUGCUUGGAAAGCUUAGUGGACGUCAUGCUGUGAAAGUUCGGCUAAGAAAGUUAGGAUAUGAAAUCACCAGUGAUGAAAAGUUGAGGGACAUUUUCUCAAGAUUCAGGGAGUUAACUAAGCAGAAAAAGAGAAUCACAGACGCUGAUCUUAAUGCAUUAAUGGUGCUGUACGGUGAUGAAAUCUCAUCAAAGAUAUCGGAAGGAACGGUUCUGGACGAACCAAUCUCUCAGAUAUCAUCUGUCGUAUAAAUAUGUAAACGCGGUGUGUGUUUUGUGUAAUAAGAUGAUAUAGAUAUCAUCAAAUGGUAUUUGAUUUAUAUGCAUGCAUAUGUGUUGUUGACUUGUUGUAAUGAAUAAUAAAUAAUCUGUACUAUAGUUUAAUCUGCGCAACCGUGCGGGCGUUAUAUCAAUUUUUAUGUAUUUAAUUUAUGAUUAAUGAUGUUUUUAGUUAUUUUGUAAGUUAUGUAAGUCAUUUUUCAUUUGAUAAUUUUAUAUAAAAUAGACUAUUUUCUAUUGUAUUUUUUUAUAAGUAAUACCAUCUAGUAUAUUUUGUAUAUAAUACAUAUAUCUUUUAAAUACAACAGGCUAGGAUAUGCUAUAUCUUUUCACUUAAUUUUAUAUGAAACAAAAUUUGCUUUAUAUGCCAAAUAAUUCUAACAUUUGCAACACUUACCAAACAAUUAAUUAAUUAAUCUAAUACUUAAAACAUAGAAUAUUUUAUAGAUUCUAUGAUUGACCAUAUUUUUAAACUCUUUAUAUAUUUCAUUAAUUAUAAAUUAAAUUAUUAAAUAUAUAUAUUUUUAAAUUCAAUAAAGUUUUGCUAAUCAUAUUUAUUUGCAAAUUACUUAAAACAUUAAGUUAAAAUAUCUAAUUUAAUAUUUAAAUGUUCCAUUGUAAGCAUGAUUUUUAUCAACUUUGCAAAUUAUUUUUUAUUAAUUGAUAUAAUAUUAAAAAAAUUGUAUUAAAGUAAAAACGAAUAUGUAACAUCUAAAUUAGCUUUUUUCUCUUAUAGUACUUUCAAUUUUUAUUUAUUUAGGAAGAUAUUUUGGUAAUGUUUUUUCAACUGCCACAUGAAUUUUCGUUCAUGUUUCCAGUCACUCGCUGAAAUAAAUCAACAUGUUUCAAACUUUAUAGGCAGAUUCUUAAAGGGUGAAUUUCAAUUUUAUCACAAAUUUGAUACUACUUUUCAAAGUUACUUUUAAAAGUUAACCAUUUUCAUAGAUACUUUAAAUAUGUGAUAAAAAGACUAAAGUAAUCUCUUUAAGUCAUUUAUAAGUGUAUAAGAAUAAUUUAUAAAAUAUUAAUAAAAGUAUAUAAAUUCAACCACAACCCGUAAAUAUUAAAUCCUAAAUAAUAAUGGGAAGUUUACUCAAACAUAAUAUAUUUUAGGACAAUUGACUAGAACCAUAGAAAUCUUUUUUUUUAUUACUGGCAUUUUUUAAAUAUCAAGCGUGCCCUUUUUUUUACGUUAUAAAAAAAACGUAUUUACAAGAAUGCCAUUACUUUUCGCUGCCACGUAAGCAAAAAUCCGGCGCCACGUAGGAAUUCGGUUCCGUGUUUUCAUUAAGCCAGCCGUAAAUCACUACAUACGUCGUUACAGCUAAUUUAUUGCUACGUGUCGGCUGGAUUAAUAAACGCGGCUGGAUUUAGAGGAAAUAGCUGACUUAAGAACAUAAGUCAGUCCUCCAGUACGGCUGAUUUACAGAAAUGUGGCUGAUUUAUGGGAUAACGGCUGACUUACAGACACAAGUUACGGCUAACUUAUACAUCG